AUGUACAACCCUCCAAAUUCUCAGCAAACUCCCCAGCAGCAGACCUUGUACAAUCCUCCGAAUUCACAGCAGCCCCCCCAGCAGCAGAUGAAUGUGUACAAUCACAAGGCACCACCGGCAAUGACUUUCAGCACAGCACCUGUCGAAGAGCGCGCUACACACCUUCUGGCAGCUUGUGAGUCCUGUCUUGUUGUCACUCGCGUGCCCGGUGUCGACAUGUCAUUUCGUCGCAUUAUGGAGCGCAAAUGUUCUCGCUGUGGCGGUACAUUGGUGUUGCCUCAAGAAGUUAUGGAGAUGUUGAUCCUUUACGGUAACUUUGUGUCCGAGUCUGUUGCCGUAACGCUCGUUUUAGGCACAAUGGUAUUACAUCCGUCCCUACGAGCAGAUUUCAUGGCUGCUGCAAUGAACGAUCUGCUGAUCCCUUUACAGACCGACUUUGUUUAUGAUGUGGCCGUACCGAAGCGGAAAGAAGGACUGGGCAUGUCGUUACGCAUGAAUCAAGGAAACCUUGUGGUCCGCGGCUUUAUCGAUUUUGAGAAUAACCAGGAAAGUCCAUCUGUGGCUGCUCGAAUUAUUUCUGUGGACGACGUUCUGGUGGCAAUUAACAAGAAAUCAAUAACUUCGUGGACGUUUGAAAAAAGCAUCAGCAUGCUUGCUCAUGCAGCGUCACCUGUAUACUUGACAUUUCGUCGCCGCCAGCCUGUCAUGUUGCUAUGA